AUGCUCGAGCUGGCUGUGGAUCAAACCCUUUUGGGAUUCCAACAUGCGCUGCAUAGAAUUGAACGUCUCGGCAGCGUCCUCUCUAUCUGGCUCCAGGCUCAACAGUAUGCCGCGGGCCUCGUCGAGCUCCUGCAGCAGACGUUGAAGGCAUUCAGUCGCCUUGACAUACAGGCCCUUUCGUACCUCGUAUCUCGUGUUGGCUCGUUCGUACUCGACUCGACGGGAUGUCGCAAAGAUGGACAACAGGCCCAACUCUGCUUGGGUAUAUUCUUGUAA